UGAGUAACCCUGACUUUCGUCUCACGUGCUUCCCUCAUGCGGUUUAUUCCCGAACUGCAGCAAACAAAGCAGUUGAACAACAUCAUGUCUGCGGACACGGCCACGGUAACUUUUCUCUGCGCUUUAUCGCUGCUUUCCGUGUUCCAGGCACUUGCUGUGCAUCCAGACCAAAUACAGAAGCUUCCUGGUCUGGCAACGAAUCCGAAAUUCGCGCAGUACUCCGGCUAUGUGAACGCUACGGGGAACAAGAGGCUGCACUACUGGUUUGUGGAAUCUCAGGGAAACCCAAAAACCGACCCUGUUGUUCUGUGGCUGAACGGAGGACCAGGGUGCAGCUCUCUGGACGGAUAUCUCUCAGAAAAUGGACCGUAUCAUGUAGAGGAUGAUGGGAGCACGUUGUACGAGAACCCGUACAGCUGGAACCAGGUUGCUAACGUCGUGUACCUCGAGUCACCCGCCGGCGUUGGCUUCUCCUACUCCACAGACAAAAACUACUCCACAAACGACGAUCAGGUGGCGAUGGAUAAUUUGGCAGCAGUUCAGAGUUUCUUCGUGAAGUUCCCCCAGUUUCUUCCCAAUGAUUUCUACAUUGUUGGAGAGAGUUACGGCGGAUUCUACGUCCCAACCCUUGCUGUGAACAUCAUGAAGGCCAACACUUCCAUAAACUUCAAGGGAUUUGGGAUAGGAAACGGGCUGACGAGCCAUGUGAUGAACGCCAACUCUGUCGUGUACUACGGAUAUUACCAUGGGCUCUAUGGAGAUGAUAUCUGGACAUCUCUAAACAAGUACUGCUGCUCAGAUGACACCGGCUGCCAGUUUGCAGACAAUCAGGACGCCAACUGUCAGGAAUCGGUACGACAAGCCAUGCACUUUAUUUUCGACAUUGGCCUGAAUGAGUACGCGCUGUACCUGGACUGCGCAGGGGGUCUGCCUCCACACUUCGCCCGAUGGAGGAUGGCCGUCAGUCACCUGUUCAGCGCCUUCAAGCUGCCUCUCCCAGCACCUCCCAAACCUCAGGUGAAUGGUUCCAGAAUGUACACAGCCCCCACCAAAGUGGGUCUGACCCCGCCUUGUAUUAAUGCCACUGCCCAGACCACGUGGCUCAACCGGCCGGAUGUUAGGCUGGCACUACACAUCCCGGAGUUUGUACAACCAUGGGCGCUGUGCAGUGCGGAGGUAGGAGACCAGUACACGACAGUUUACUCCACCAUGCAUGACCAGUACCUGGCGCUCCUGCCCAAGUACCGAGCUCUGGUCUACAACGGAGACACCGACAUGGCCUGUAACUUCCUGGGUGAUCAGUGGUUCGUGGAGUCACUAAAACAACCUGUCCUAGCUGCUAGGAAACCAUGGACCUACAAUAACCAGGUGGCAGGAUUCAUCAAGCAGUUUCAGAACCUGACAUUUGUGACAGUCAAGGGAGCAGGACACAUGGUUCCACAGUGGAAGCCUGGUCAGGCCUUGGCUAUGAUCACCAACUUUCUACACAACUCCUUCUGAUCAUACAAGACUCACACAUUUUCUUUAAGUUGAUUUAUGUUUGUGAGGUCUUAAUCUCGCAAUAGAAGGAAAUUUGCAGUUCUACAGCCCUAGUAAGACAAUGGAAAACAGAA